AUGGCAUCUUGGUACUCCAACCUCGUCCAAAAGACGUCUUCUCAAAUCUCCUCUCUCCGCCAGAACCUCCUCUCAGGCGAACAAGAUGGCGAAACUGAAGACGACACUCAUGUCUGCCGCGUUCUCCGCGGCUACUAUACCGAAAAAGGCCGCCCCUUUCCCUCUUGGCUACCACCCGACCCCAAGGCUCCAGCUCAGCAACCCGUCCAGCCCAUGAUGACACCUCAGGGUCAGCGCCCCGGUGCCCAAGGACAGCAGCAGCAUGCAGGCCUUAGCAGUCUGUGGGAUAACGGACCUCAGCAACAACAGCAACAAGCACCUCAGAGUCUUCGUGCCGGAGGUGGGCGAACACCCGCGUCGCUACAACCAGGGGGCGGUGAUGUAUCUCGACGACCAUUGCCUAGUCAGCAGCGCGGAGGAAGCUAUCAAAACACAGGCGGUCAAUUCGGUAGGCCCGAAACAGCCAGUGUCCCGCCUGGAGGUGCUGCUACUGGAGGAGGAUCUGCACAGGAUAGGCUACGACAAAGGCUUUGGGGUGGUGGAUCCCGUACGACGAGUCCACAGGCUGGAAGUCAAGGGCCGUUCCAACCUCCGGCUGGCAACAACGGAGGAGGUGGUGGAGGCGGUUAUGAGGACCGGUUUGGACCAGGCGGAAUGUAUGACCAGGCCAGCAGCGGCGGGGGCGGUGGUGGUAACGCUGGUCUGAGGAGAGGAUUGCCUAGUGGACCACGGGGCUACAGAUAA